CAUCCCUAUGCGCGCAUAUACGCCAAGAAAGCCGAGGCGCCGACGGUAAAACGCAGGAAGAUGUGGAACCAUGCUCUCGAGAAGAGCCUGUUCACGCCCGAGGAGAUCGCGAGCCUUGGUGCGCCCAUUCGUCGCGCUAUUUACACCGCGAGCCUCGAGAACCACAUCGACCAGCUGCACGGCCAGCUCCUC